AUGUGUAGUAGUAGUAUUCAGCCGACUCAUGGAUUUCAAACUAGCCUAACCGAUGAUGAUCUAGUGGACGGCCAGUUUUACAAAUCGGUGGCCGACAAUAUUGUCGGCAGCGGUGGUGGUGGCCAUCACGGCAUCGGUAGUCUGGAUGAACAUAACUGGAAUUUUACUCACUGGUGGAAUGAGCGGACCGAGUAUUCACAGGUAACCAGCGAACCGGUAGUUUUUCAGGAACCGACCAAACCUGUCCAGUACAGCGAUUUGGAUCAGUUUGAUACCGUACACUACGGGAGUGGCAGCGGUGGCGGUGGCGGUCAYUACGGUAACGGUAGUUAUACAGAUGGUGGCGGUGUUGUAGUAACAUCGUCGCCGAUUUUAGUGGAAAAUCAGGGAACACCAGCUACUACUAUAGYCCGRCUAAACGAUACGAUACUAUCGUUUUUUGCUAACUCCCGGCACUGGAAUGACGAUAAGCUAUAUCUUCGGGAUCUGAGAGAAGCCCUAAAAGAACGGUUCCUAUCGUACGGUUUGAAAACGGCUUUCCAUAUAUUCAAGGCAGAGGACAGUCCUAUUAAAUUACCAUUAUAUCCGGGAGCUGCCAAACGCCAGACCGCCUGCAAUAUCAUUGCCGUACUUCCGGGUCAAUAUCGGGGUACACCCGACGAUGAAAUUAUAUUGGUCGGCGCUCACUACGAUACGGUUAAAAAAUCGCCCGGUAUAGACGAUAACGGAUCGGGAUCGGCAGCCGUCAUGGARAUCGCCCGUUUGCUAACCACACACAGGUGUCGACUGAAUAAGACGAUUGUCUUCACGCUGUUUGAUCUGGAAGAGGAAUAUCUGAAAGGCAGCAAAUAUUUUGUACAACAAUACCUGAUUCCCACUGAAAUGACCAAAAAUAAGGUWAAAUUCAGGGGCGCCUACAUUAUGGAYAUGUUAUUGUCGUACAAUAGUACUAACGGUAGUCAAUCGCUCCGGGAUUUUUGGCCUACACUACCGAUGUUUGUCGAGGAGGUUAAGGACAGUGGUGCUAAAGGCAACUUUUUGACCGCCUGGUCCCGACGUAACAUCGAUCAGGAUCUAUACUUUUUCCUSGAAAAAAACUGGAAAGACCAUAAAUAUCCCCUACGGCUACUGGAUCCACCGUUACCUACCUGGAGCCAUGAGGUGGCCCGCAAUUGGACCCGAUAUUCAAAGUACGGUACGUUUGCCCGCAGUGACCAUGCUAGUUUCUGGUAUCCCAUCGACCGGGACAAGUCGUUCAAUGCCGUACUACUCAGCGAUUUAGGUCCGUGGCGUAAGGAUAUGGUGUUUCACUAUCACCGGCCCAGUGAUGACACCCGUUGGCUKMGAAAGGAGAACCUGGAGUUCAUGAAGAAUACAGUGGACAGUCUGGUGGCGACACUUAUCGAUUUAGGAGAGGGAAAGUGUUGGAUGAAAAAACAUUAA